GACAAAGCCGCGGCUAAUGAAUGGGAGCGCGUCCGCCCCGCGCCGCGCGGCGUCGGCAGCCGGGCCCGCGCCCUGGCCCCGGAUCCCUGGGCACCGAGCAACACAACGCGCAGCACCCAGCGCAGUGAUGACGGCCAUCACCAGCCUGUGGCUUCCUGUGGGUCGGCCUCAGAUCCUCCCGUUUCCGAACCUUUGCUCUGACCUCAUCGGGGUGACAGGUUGCUGACAGUGUCCGAGGCUCAUCAUGACACCAGGAGCGCCAUGAAGAGGACCCCCGGGGUGCAGCUGUGUCUGCACUGAGGAGGUGGUGGAGGUCCUGGACAGGCUGUGCCUAUGAUGAGAUGCCCAGGCUUUACUGGUGCUGGUCAGCAGUGAGACACGUGAAUGGCCACAUUCAUAAGCAACCCAAAAGAUAGAGCUGUUUGUCGGAACUGAAGCCCCUGCACAUUUGAGCCUGUUUUUCCCAAUCCGAGAGGUCGCCAUGAAGCUGCCGGAAUAGUUAUGGUCAGCCAUGGCAGGCAACCCAGAAACUUGUCCCAAAGGGGAUUGUGGCUUUCUGUCCGAUAAGAUAAAUUUUAAAAUAGAGGAAGAUGAUGAUGGGGCUCCUGAUGGUUUGGAGAGGGUGGACUUUAAGCAGGAGCAGGAGGGCAGUGGCCAGGCUGACAGUGAAGACGAGCAGGCCGAGGGCCGAGACACGAGUCAGCACUGUUCGCUGCCUGGGAAGCGCUCGUGCCCGGACAGCGAGGACGACUGCGGGUCCCUGUUCUCUCAGUACAGCAGCACCCUGUAUGAUGUGGCCAUGGAGGCCGUGGCCCAGAGCCUCCUGUGUGGCCGCAGCGCCAGCUCCAGAAAGAAGUCUCCGGCCUGGAAGCACUUCUUCAUCUCUCCCCGGGACAGCACGAAAGCCAUCUGCAUGUACUGCAUGAAGGAGUUCAGCCGCGGCAAGAACGAGAAGGACCUGAGCACCAGCUGCCUCAUGAGGCACGUGAGGCGGGCGCACCCCACUGUGCUCAUCCCUGAGAACGGCGUGGCAGCCUUGGCCGCCUUCUCAUCGCCCACGCCACUGCUCCCACCACAGCCCGUCGAUGGCGGGGCCCUAAGCCCAAUCCUCUCUCCUAUCGAACUUGAGACGUCCCCCCAAAGGGCUUCCAAGAUCCCCUCCCCUGACCAGCUGGCAGAGGAGACGGCGACCACCGUCUCUUAUGAAGACCCCUCCUCGAGUGUGUCCCUCUCGGACAAGUACGGCCAGGAGGAAGCCCUGGGGGGGCCACCUGCCCCCCUCCCCACACUGCAUUACGAUGAUGCGCUGGAGAAUGGAGUCGAGAGGAGCCUCCUGGUCCCCAAGAGCAUGGCAGGCUCGCGGAGGCGCUCGGCCGUGUGGAAGCACUUCUACCUGUCCCCACUGGACAGUUCUAAGGCCGUGUGCAUCCACUGCAUGAAUGAGUUCAGCCGCGGCAAGAACGGCAAGGACCUGGGCACCAGCUGCCUCAUCCGCCACAUGUGGCGUGCUCACCGUGCCAUCGUGCUGCAGGAGAACGGAGGCAGCCCUGGCAUCCCACCCCUGCACGCUGUGCCCCCCACACUGUUACCUGCCCUGCCACCACCAGAUGCAGAGCCCAGCUCUGUGGCAUCAUCCCCGGGGAAGCUGGUCCCAGAGUCCCCGUCUGCAUCGUCCUCUCCUGACCGGCUGCCUGAGGACCUGCAGUCGCCUCUGAACCCUGGCGAGGCGCUGCUAGAGGACAUGGUAGAUGGCUUGGGGGAGGCUGUGCUGCUGUCGUCCUCCGAGAAGCAGCGGGCUGCUGGACCCAGCCCUCGGCUGCCCGAGUCUGGAGUCUCCUUCCAGCAGAACAAACGGGCCAUGAAGAGACUCAAGUCCGAAGUCUGGCACCACUUCUCACUGACGCCCACGGACAGUCUCAAGGCCGUGUGCAGGUACUGCAGCUGUGUUAUCAGUCGGGGGAAGAAAGGGGACAUGGGCACCAGUUGUCUGAUGAGACACUUGUACAGGCGCCACCCUCAAAUCAUUGGGAACGAAAAGGGCUUUCUAGGGGUGAGUUUGGCCAAUUCUCCCUAUGCUACUCUGGCAUCGGCAGAAAGUUCUUCCAAAUUAACUGUCUUGCCAACAGUGAUCACCAAAAGUAAUCAGGUUGUGUUUCCUGUCAACAGCAAAAAGACCUCAAAGUUGUGGAAUCAUUUCUCCAUCUGCUCCGCAGACCCGACAAAAGUGGUCUGCUUGCACUGUGGCCGGACGAUCAGCAGGGGCAAGAAGCCGACCAACCUGGGCACCAGCUGUCUCCUGAGGCACUUACAGAGGUUCCACGGCAGCGUGCUGAAGACUGAUGUCCCGGAGACUGCCCGGCCCUCUUCUCCGGGUCCCCCCAUUUCCCUGAGCACGGACGUGUCCACGUCUUCCAAUAGCACCACUGAAAAGUUCUACGAUUCCCACCCGGUUGCCAAAAAAAUCACGAGUCUCGUGGCUGAGAUGAUCGCCCUGGACCUCCAGCCCUACUCUCUCGUGAACAACGUGGGCUUCAGCAGGCUGCUCGGCUACUUGAACCCUCGGUACUCCUUGCCCUCCCCGGCUUACUUCUCCAGGACCGCCAUCCCCAGCAUGUACGACAGCGUGAAGCAGAUCAUCAUGGCCCGUCUGAGGGAGGCCGAGAGCGGCGUGGUCCACUUCACCUCGGGGGUGUGGAUGAGCAACCAGACCCGGGAGUACCUGACGCUCACGGCCCACUGGGUCACCUUUGAGUCCUCUGUCCGGCUGCACUGUGAGGACCACCACUGCUCGGCCCUGCUGGACGUCUCUCAGAUCGACUAUGACUACAGCGGCAACAGCAUCCAGAAGCAGCUGGAGUGCUGGUGGGAGGCCUGGGUGACCUCCACGGGCCUCCAGAUCGGCAUCACGGUGACGGACAACCCGAGCAUAGGGAAGACGCUGAGCGAGGGCGAGCACACGAGCGUGCAGUGCUUCAGCCACACCGUCAACCUCAUUGUCAGCGAGGCCCUCAAGAGCCAGAGGAUGGUCCAGAACCUGCUGAGCAUCGCCCGCAAGAUCUGCGAGUGGGUGCAGCGGUCUCCCCGGGCCAAGGAGAAGCUGGCCGACCUGCAGAAGGAGUACGCGCUGCCCCAGCACCACCUCGUCCAGGACGUGCCAUCCAAGUGGAGCACGUCGCUCCACAUGCUGGAGCGGCUCAUCGAGCAGAAGAGGGCCGUCCACGAGCUGGCCGUCGAGUGCCACUUCCGCGAGCUCAUCAGCUUCGACCAGUGGGAGGUCAUGCAGUCCGUGUGCCACGCCCUGAAGCCCUUCGAUGCCGCCAGCCGAGAGAUGAGCGCCCACACGUCCACGCUCAGCCAGGUCAUCCCCAUGAUCCACAUCCUCCACAGGAAGAUCGAGAUGCUGUUCGAGGAGACCGUGGGCAUCGACACCCUGCUCAAGUCUCUGAAGGAGGCUGUGGUCAGCCGCCUGGCUGCCACGCUGCACGACCCCAGGUACCUCUUCGCCACCCUGCUGGACCCCCGCUACAAAGCCUCUUUGUUCUCCGAGGAGGAGGCCGCGCAGUACAGGCAGGAUCUCGUCAGGGAACUCGAAAUGCUGAAUUCUACCUCAGACCACACGCCUGUCGGCGGCAGGCGUGACCCAGGUGCCCCGCCGCAGGGCCCCUCGGGGGAGGAGAGCCUGUGGUCCCUGGUGGCCACGGUGAAGAAGCCGGGCCCUCGGGACGAUGCCCCGAUGCCUGAGGACAUGGUGCUGGCCUACCUGGCGGAGGAGGUGCUGGAACACAGCUGUGACCCCCUCACCUACUGGAACCUGAAGAGGGCGGCCUGGCCCACCCUCUCCACGCUGGCCGUCAGGUUCCUGGGCUGCCCCCCAAGCAUUGUCCCUGCGGAGAAACUCUUUAACACGCCCUCAGAGCACGGUGGCUUUGGCCAGUCCAGGCUCAUGAUGGAACACUUUGAAAAACUCAUCUUUCUGAAAGUAAACCUCCCCUUAAUAUACUUCCAAUAUUGAAUCUCAGAUGGAGCAGCCUGACUGGAAGUACUGUUGCUCAGCAGGCACCAGCUGUUAGUCUGGGGCAGGGGCUCGCUCGGUCCGGCCUGGGCAGCACCGGCCCGGGCACUCAGGUCCACGGGCCGCUUGCCCAGCCGCUGCAGUGUCAGCUUGUGCCUUAUUCCUCGUGGCUGGGCCCUCUUGGCCUUCCCAAGUGUGUUCUCACACGUCCGCUACAACCACCCGCCCGUCAAUUAUGUGAUAGGAUGAUCAGGUUCCGAUCCUAACUCAAGGUUUUUCAAAGUUGAGGGUUAGCCUUUGCUGUACUAGAGUGGCAGAAAAGAUGUCAGCAGUUUCAUUCUGUAGACUUUUUGUUUGAUUCUGUAAACCCCACAAAUCAGGUACUGUAUUCUCCUUAAAAUUGCUUUAAUUGCAACCAAACAGCCCUUGGCAGCUGUGGAAUGAAAUGUGUAAAUAGGAGGUGGAGUCCAAGCCAUGCUGACUGAGCAGUGUGUAGUUGCAGGCGCUUAAGUGUGUUGAGGACUGCAUAUUCGGGAGGGUAGCUGUUUACCCCUGCAGCCAUGUGGCAUUCGAGGACAAACCUACAACCCUGCCAUAGCCCAGAAUGCCCGUUCUGUGGUGAUUUGGUAAAGAGGAUUUCCCGUUCCCAGUUUUGCAUUCAGGUUUUCCAUGGUCAGUGAACUCGAGAAUCCCCCUCUGUAGUGGCCCUUGUGACGUGGGUUCUCCAGCCAGCAGACAGCAGGCACGCCAUGCAGUCCCAGGCCCAGCUCACUGUCUCUCCACUGUGAAGCCAGUUUCUGAAUCGUGUGCCCUCGCCCCCGGUUUGAUCACAGCCCUGGAGUGGAAGCUUCAUCUGCGGGGUGGCUGCUGUGGAGGGCAGCACCCUGAUCGCGUGAAGGGCAGCUUCAGGUGUUGGACCUUAUUUUUAUUAUUAUUAUUAUUUUAAACUAGGGAAGACCCAGCCAUCACCGGGCUAUCUCAGAAUCCCAAGGAUUUCAAAAUGAAGUAUCGCUGUCAGAUUCUUUCAACAGCUUGAUUUCAAAGUUUCACUUCAGCAUCUAGAAAAGGGUUUGUAGUCUCAUUUCAAACCACUUAAAUAUUCUGGGUGAAACAGUCACUGCUGCCUGUGACCUUUUAGAAAAUUUUGGAAAAAUACUGUAUUAUUAAGCUGAAUUUGAGUGUAUUUAUAAAUGGUGAACUCAGUUUCUGAAAUUAAACUUUUUAUUUGUAAUUUUC